AUGGGCUGCACUGGCAGUCGGUCGAAAAAUGCCCCAGGUCGGGAAGUGUAUCCACCAUGCCGCAAUCGGAGCCUAGCAGUCUAUGGGGAACAAGGAGCAUUACUUGGAGGAUCGAGAGGUCAUCGCAGACAUUCGUCCAGAACUAGAUCGAGUCGUCAUAGAAAGCACGAGCAUGUUGAGCGUGGAUUGAGUAACGGACGACCGGACCAUUUUAUAACCCGACGAAUGGAGACUCGUUUAGAAUCAUCACGAACUGGUGUACUAACAGGAUAA